UCGACUGCUAAAACAUGCUGCUUUUGAUAUGCAGGGAAGGGAAACAGUAAUCAGAUAGAACGUCUUCAUCGUGAGAUUUCAUCUGUUAUCUUUUACGUCAGUUGUCGGUCAUUUGCAAAGUACCUCCAGUUUUUACCAGGAUUUCUAUUGUUAUACCCUCCCAAAUUGCAGUUUUUCGGCAGUAAUCUUUUUUUUUCGAAAAAUGGGUGAAGCUAACAAAGUAAGCCCGAUCAAAAAUUUUUUCGCCGGUGGAUUUGGCGGUGUAUGUACCAUAUUUGUGGGCCACCCGUUUGAUACAUUAAAGGUUCGUCUUCAAACGAUGCCAAUUGUACCAGGACAGGCCCCACUCUACAGGGGAACAUGGGAUUGCUUAACGAAAACAAUAAAACACGAAGGGAUAAGAGGCCUUUACAAAGGUAUGGCUGCCCCUAUUACUGGUGUUGCACCUAUUUUUGCUAUAAGUUUUCUUGGCUUUGGUAUUGGGAAAAAGCUUCAACAAAGUCAUCCUAAUGAAAAACUGACAUUGCUACAACUCUUCAAUGCAGGAGCCUUUUCUGCUAUUGGCACAACCAUCAUUAUGGCUCCUGGUGAAAGAAUUAAAUGUUUACUUCAGGUACAACAAGCAAGUACUGGCCCAGCAAAGUAUGCAGGGCCAAUCGACUGUAUUCGACAGUUAUAUAAACAAGGAGGUAUUCGCAGCAUCUAUCGUGGGACAGGAGCGACUUUGCUCAGAGACGUGCCAGCCAGUGGAAUCUAUUUCAUGACAUACGAAUGGCUCCAGAAUACACUUGCACCCGAAAACUCGGAGGGCAAAUUAAGCCCUCUUCGGACAAUGUUUGCUGGAGGUAUGGCAGGAAUCGCAAAUUGGAUUAUUGCUAUUCCACCGGAUGUGUUGAAGAGUAGAUUACAAACAGCGCCCGAAGGAACUUACCCCAAUGGAGUACGAGAUGUGUUCAAAGUGUUAAUGCGUGAAGAAGGAGUUCGGGCACUUUAUAAAGGAGCUGUUCCCGUUUUUCUUCGAGCCUUCCCUGCCAAUGCCGUAUGCUUCCUAGGUUUCGAAAUGGCUCUCAAGUUUUUGAACUGGCUAGCGCCGUCCCUCUGAUUGAGGUGUGAAACUGUUUACAGUAGAUAUUAUCAAGAAACAUGCACACUCCAGCUUUUCAAAAUAUAUAAUAGUUUUUGGUAAUGUUCUGGUUUAUUCUUUGGUCUUGUGCAUGAACUCACGCAAAGAGUUACUUGAUUGUACACAAGUUAAGAAUUUUGAAUAAGCUUGCUUGCAAAUAGGUUUAUGCAAAUAAAGUUGGGAAUUCUCUUA